AUGGAUUCCUUACUUGAAAAAUUGGAUCCAUUGUCCUCUAAGAGAAGAACCACUUAUAAGAAAGUAUUUGAACCACAAGAGGAGGAAGAGACCCAACAAAUAUCGAAUUCACCACCACCUCCAAUACUGGGAAAUGGAUUCCUAUUUCAAAAUAGUACCAUUGAUAAAGUUAGAAACCGUCUGAGAAAUGCUGAAGAUGGAGCUAAUAAGGUACAGCAAAAAGAACAGGAACAGGAACAGGAGCAGGAGACUCAAUUGAAUCAAACCCAGGUCAUUGCUGACCUUUACGAAGGAGCUGAAGAACUAGAAGAACAGAACAAAGAAAGAGUAAGACUACCUCUCUCAAAGAAAACUAGUUCAGCGUCACAAGAAAAGACACAGGUUAUACCCUGGGCUCCAACCGUAGAAGGGGUCGAAAAUAAUGUCGAACAGGGUACGGAUAUACAUGAAGAGAAAACACAACAAGUUCCAAAUGAAAUUUCUUACGACCAAAAAACGCAAGCUAUUCAAUCAUUCCAACAGACUGAAGUGGAACCACUUACUCAAAGGAUUUCUGAGCCUGAAAGGACACUAGACGUACCAACCUAUGCUGCUACCAGUGAGGACCAAUUGGAUACACAAGAACAGAAUCCAAUUACACAGCUAGACAUAAGCAACAGCUUACUAUUCCAAGCUACAGAUUCUGAUAUUCCGAAGUCUCCACCACAAAGGUUAAAAAUGCAUGAUAUUGAGAAGGAAUUGGAGGAAAAACGUCAAGAAAGGGACCACAGAAGGAACAUAGAAUACAGGGCACCAGAAAAGCCGGUCAAUGUCAAAAGAGUUUUUUCCAAAGAAGCCUUUUUGAAAAACUUCGAUGAAGAAUCAAGCUCAGAGGAUGAAUUGAUUGAAUUAAGAAGCAGAGACAUCGAGAAAAAACAUACUGAGAAAGAUAAGAGCACUCUAGAGAACACAACUGAAAGCAGCCAGAGACAAAGGGUCUUUAGCGUCUAUGAAUAUAAACUGAAGGGUGAAUUGGAUUCCAAAAGGUGCAUUCAACUGGAUGAUGAUGAGGAUGAAUCGGAUGAGGAUGUAGAGGUACCAUUAUCAAGGGUCUCAAAGGCUACUGUUUUAGAUAUAAAAGCUAGAAGGUCGAAACAAGAACCAUUAUCAAAAAUAAAGCAGAAAAAGACGACUCUGAAUGAUUUGAUAUGCACUUUAAAGAAAGCUUCCAAGAAGCAAAUCACAGAUCACCAAAACGAACUUAUGAAGAGCAGGGGUUAUAAACUAGAGGAUAUAGAAAAGCAAAAGGAAGAAAUAGAAAAUCUUUUAGAGCAAGAGAUUGCUAGGAAUAAAAGGUUGGCCCGUCGCGAAAACGAGGAGGAUAAUUCGAAUGAUUUAGAGGAUAGAUCUUACGGUAGCGGUAAUGAAUCUGAAAAUUCUGCUUUUAGUGAUAUCGAAUUUAGUGGAGAUUCUGAAUCUGAUGAUGGACAGGAAGAUGACAUGAAUAAUGAUGACGAGCGUGUACAAAAAGAGAAAAUGCAGGAAGCCGGGGAUAGUGACAAUAUAUCAGCCCGAGAAGAUCAUUCCGAUGAGGAAGAUGAAGAUUCCAUUCAAAAGGGGAGAACGAAAAAUCAUAAAAUGCUUCCCGCAGAAGACUCAGAUUCAGAACAUGACGAUACACUUCCGAGAAAUAUAAUUGAUCUAGGACCAUAUGGGAACAACCUCCAGGUAAAUCACGAAGAGGAUAUGGAGAAUCUUCCGCUUUCCGAUUCAGCUGAGAUAGAUGCCGCUGAAGAGGAGAAAACUAACGAGCUGAUAAUGGAAAAAAUACGAAAGAUAGAAAUGAGGAAAAAGAAAAAAGAGCAAAGACUCAAGGAUAUGAAAGCUAAGGGCCUAAACAAGAUGUUAGAAAUGGAAGCAGAAGAAUCAGAAGACGAAUGGAAAGGUGUAGGUGGUGUAGAUGGAGACUUAUCAGAUGAACACGAUUCGGAUUUAGAAGAAAUGAUUGAUGAUUUCACAAAAUCUAAUGAAAAUUUCGAUGAUGUACGUCAGUUGCUAGCUAAAGAAAACAAGGAACUGGAUGAGAAAAUGGUUAAUAAGAUCUUGUACGAUAUCAAAAAUGGUGGAUUCCGAAAAAGAGGUAGAAAUGCACUGGAUUUAGAAUUAAGCGAUGACGAGGAUGAGGAUUUGCGCAAUUAUCGUUUGAAGAGAAGAGAAUUGAUGAAAAAGAGUAGAAUUGAGGGUAAGGAUAAAGAAAAAGCCUUUAGAAAUGCCAAAUCGAAGGCAUUUCUUGAAAGUAUGGUUGAUGAUAUAGAUGAAUCGAAAAAUCCUUUUGGUGAUCCAGAAAUGGAUGUAGAGGACAACACUGAUGUGGAUACCCAAGAAAAUGAUUAUCCUAAGAAUAAAGAGAAGAAUACUCUCUCACAAGAAUUUGUCCAACGGAGUCUGUCAUUCUUAAGCAAUAAUAAUAGCUCUCGGGAAUUCGAAUUGGGGGAACAAAUUACUUUGGGAGAUGAAGAACAAGAUGUCUCGUCUUUGAAAAGGAACAGUUCCAUUCAUGCAUUGCACAAUUCUUCUAGUCCUAUCAAAGAAGACUUAGAAAAAGAAAAUCAAGAUGAAGAUUUUAUUACAUUACCAAACUUCAAGCCACCUUCACUUAUUAAAUCGCUUGCGGGUGGAUUUGAUCCUAAUAAUAAGUUUCAAAGUGGUAAAAAAACGGUUACGGUAUCGAAAUCUUAUAGAGCAGUCGGUGGUAGCCGCUCCUCCAUUACGUACUUUGGUAAAAUGCGGAAGUUGGUCGGUCCUAAAAACAGGAAUAGCACACUGUCCAAAGGCCCUCGCCCCGCUUCAAAACCUACGAUGGGCAAACUGUGGGAGUCCCAACAGAAUAGUUUCGAUACAUAA